AAUGACGUCAAUUAAGAAUUCAGUAUCAUGAUGAGAAGACAGAAAACUUGAAGAAAAAAAAAAUUUUAAUACAUUUAUCUUAUUGUAAAUUGUAAGUGCAGAAAGUGCAGAAGAUAUAAUCUCUCGGCUCGCACUCUAGUCGCACUGAAUGAAGAUAACGAACGUGUAUUUAAUAUAUGAGAACGUGGACUGAGUUUCAACUUUCAAGGUGCGCCUGCUCCUUUUGCUUCUUCUGACAAACAUUCCGCGAGUGAACGAGUUGCCGAGUGAAAAGAUUAUGACGUCCUUGACGAAUCUGCCGCCGAUAGCGAGGCUUUCCAGCAAAGUGAUCCGGAUCCUAGGAUGCAAUCCUGGCCCGAUGACGCUGCAGGGCACCAACACUUACCUCGUGGGCACUGGACGCAGACGUGUGCUGGUUGAUUCUGGAGAAGCAAAAACGGCGGACGCCUACGUAAAACUUCUGGACAGCGUGUUAAGCGAGGAGAACGCGACUAUCGAGCAUUUGGUGGUCACCCACUGGCAUCACGAUCACAUUGGUGGCGUGGAGCCCGUGCGGAACUUGCUGAAGAAAUUGUACCCCACGGACAAACAGCCAAUCGUGUGGAAACUGCCACGGUCGCCGAACGACAAAGACAGAUCGGACGAUGAAAAGUCCGUCCAGUGGGAACCUCUGAAGAACGAUCAAGUGGUGGAGGUCGAGGGAGCGAAGCUUCAGAUAAAAUACACCCCAGGACACACCAGCGAUCACGCCUGCCUGCUGCUGCAGGACGAGAAUAUCUUGUUCAGCGGCGACUGCAUCCUCGGCGAAGGCACGUCGGUCUUCGAGGAUCUCCACGAUUACAUGCUGUCGCUGGACAAGAUCCUGGAGUUGCGGCCCAAGACGAUUUAUCCGGGUCACGGGCCAGUUCUCGACGAUCCCCUGCCACGCAUAAAGUAUUACAUCAAACACAGGCAGCAGAGAGAAGAGGAAAUUUUACGGAUGCUGCAAGAGCAGGGAAACGUAAAAUCGAUGACGGAGAUGGAUAUCGUCAAGCGCAUAUACAAAGAUACCCCUGAAAAACUAUGGUUGGCUGCAGCAUUUACUGUGGGACACCAUCUUCGCAAGUUACAGAAAGAAGGAAAAGUAUUGCAAGAAGAAGAAGGUGGCUGGUGGAGAAUUAAAGGCAAA